AUGGUAGAACGGGAAGACAUUUCCGAUUUAAAGGCAUCUGUAGAUGUCGAUAUUUACAGAGAUACAGCGUUAAGGUAUCUAGGUGAGGAACGUAUUUAUUUCUAAGAUGUUAUAUUCCUUAAGUCUGUACGAAAGCUCUAUCUGUCAGUCACGUGUGAACUUUCCACUAUAUUUCUUCAUAAACAACCUUGUUUUUUUGCCUAGUUCUGGUCAUGUAAUUUUAAUUUUAAUGUUGUGGUUCAAUUUCAUCCUUGGUGUAAAUUUAAUUUCCCUUUGAUUUAAACUCCGUAUCAUACAUUACCAUACCCCAAAACAAAGAGAAGUAAAAUUUAAACCAAGGAUAAAAUUGAACCACAACACAUACAUGGUUAUACUCCAUUCAUGUUAACUACUGAAAAAGCAUAAGAUUGCUGCAUGCAUAAUAAAUAGGUGCAGUCGCACUAGACAUCUUCCCCAAAGCACUCCAUGAGAAAAUAGCUUGGGUUGAGUUUGCUCUGGGUUUGGAUCACUUUCAUGGGAAUUUGUGACCCCCUUGGUCGAGUAUCAGUAGACAAUAUUGGCUGAUACUCAAUCGACGUGUCGGCUGAUAUGUCAGCUGACACUUGGUCAUCAUAUCGAUCAACAUAUCGACCUACUUCCGGUAGAUAUGACCAACUCUUGGUUGACAUGUUGGCCGAUAUGCUGAGCCAGAGUUGGCCGAUAGUGUUGGUCAGUAUGUUGAUGGAUAGGCGGCUGACAUAUCAAUCGAUAGACUACCAACAGUCACCCGAUACUUCACUGAUACUUAGUCGACAGCAUACUUUUUGUCUACUUAAAUUUUUGCUGUUAUGUUGUCCAUGCAGCAAUUUUUAAGGCUCUAUUCCACCGACAGUUGAGCAAUAUUCCACCAACAUUUGGCACUCCCUUCAUUGGCCAAGUGUCGACCAGUGUAUUGGCUGACAUAUUGGUCGGCCGACACACGGUCGAGUGUCAGCCAACAUAUCGAUCGACAUGUCAACCAAUAUAGCAAUCGAGACCAACAUAUUGGCCAAUAUUGCCGACCGAUACUCAACUGAGGGAUGUACAAAUUACACAAGAUCCCUUUCAUGUUUGCCGUCAGACAGCGACAAAUUGCUCAAAGGGAAGAAAAAACUUUAACCCUGUUUCGCGGGAAAAGUCAUUGUAAACAGACACAAAUCAUAAACGGUUUCGACCAUUUUAACCCUUUUAAUAAAACCCGCCACAUUAAUUAAGCUUGGCAAGAGCAAUUUAGCCUUUAAUUUUAAGACUAAAAAGGGAGACCUCAACUUCAUUUAUGCUUAAAAGAAAAGGAAAUUCUAUCCUUAAUUCUCGCUCACAAGUCAAAAGUACGGGUUUACUGAAAUGGUUCCGUUGCAAUGUCUUUAUAAGAACAGAAUUCUUGAACGCUGAUUUAAAAAAUACUUGCUAGUGUUUUAAAGUUGCUUCUGAAAUUAUUUAACUUAAAAACGUGAAAAACAUUCACAGCAGCGCUCAAAAUCCUGCUAAAUGUUUGACCUUUGAGUUCAGUUUUCGACAAGAUGAACACAGCAUGUAAACAACACUUGAUUUCUACUGCUUGGUACAUUUCACUUCCUCACAAUUGGUUGAGCCACUUUGGGUUUUUAUUAACCCAUAGAACUUACCUAAUUAUUAGGCCUAGCUGAAAAAUUUGUACAUCCCAAACAUGGUCAACUGUACAAAAAAGGUUUGUAGCAAAGCCAUUUUUGGUCUUCUUAAUUACCCAAAAUAUCUAGUCUCAUUGUAUUUGGUAAGUUGUUUAUAUGUUUUUUUCCCUCUUAAACAAAGUGUAAAUUUGAGUAACAUGUUGCAUAUGAGGGUCCCAGAGGAGAACAUUCUUCAAAUCUGUCCUCCCAGCUAAAAUUUUUUCUCAGUCCCAACAGUUUUUUAUUGGUUUAUCCUGAUCCUGAGCCUACAGUCAUUCUAAAAAAAUUAUAAGAUUCAGAAGUUCCAAUUCCCUUUAUCUUUGGAGAACUAGUAGAAGUAAGUGUAUCUAUAGGUUCAAAAAGUGAUGGAGUGAAAAAGAAAGCAUUUUUGAUGUUUCCUACCAGAUUACUGGUUGUUUACUGAAAUAUUUUGCAGAUCUUGCACUGUAGAAUUGCAAAAUCCUGUUCUUCAUUCUCAGAUCGUGAAAAAACCCAAUUGGGGGCCAUAUGUUUUAUUGCUCUUGGUUUUGGUAGCUUACAAACUUAUACGUGCCAAUUUUCUUAAGACUCAAAGUUUGUAACAACUUUAAAGAAUGUCAGGGUUAGAGACUAUAAAAUUAGUAUGUUAUAUCACAGUUCUGCAGUAUUUAUAUCUACAUAGCCAUAUUUAACAAGGAAUAUUCAGCAAACUGGAUACUUAGUAUGGGAGACAAGUCUGAGAGUUAGCAGGGUUAUAUUUUCUUUCUAAAAUUUUACACUGAAAAACGGAAAUAAAAAGGUUGAUGGGCAAGAAGUGAAGAAAAGAAACCAGGAAAACUAGUUCUGAUUUAGUGCGUUGUGUGUUUUUCUGUCAUAUGGGGCUGGGUAUUUCCCAGCCCCUCAUCUUGUUUCUGUUUAUCUUAUCUUGAUAGGGUUUGACUGGGAAAAAAUAAUUUAAAAAAUGGUACCUGUCAAAAACUGGCAGUAGAUUUUUCGUUUUUCUCUAGGAUUCUUCUAAACAAAAAGUCUCUUUGGUCUAUGACUCAUUUCUUUUAGUUUCUUAACCUUAUUUUCAUACAACUUUCUUGUGACUUGCUAUUCUUUUUUCAUUAAAAGCAAGUCAUUUUUGCCACCCUUUUAUAAUAGAAUAAACACAAUUUUAAUAAAGCAGUUAAGUUCAGGUCAAGACAAUAUUGCAAGCAUUCUAGUCCAUAAGUGCUGCAAUUUAGAAAGCAAGGACGUUAGAUCUGUUUGCUUUUGAGAUAAUUAAUUGUAUAAUGUAUCUAACGCCUAGAUUCUUGCCCUCGUGUGACCAACAGAGCAGUCAUGGAUAACAUCUCAAUAUACUUAGGAGCACUGAAGGAUGUAGACUUUGGUGUAAAUAAAAUACAUGCAAGCUGACCAGCUGUUUUUGAGUACAAAAAAGGUUUCUGUUGAGUACUGUUAAAUAUAACUGUGCACUUACCUUCAUACUAACAGUUAUAAGCCAUUUUGUUAAGUGCUUUCGAGAGAGGUCUUUCAGAUUAGAACUUGGCUACAAGUUUAUUGUCAUUCCUGUGCUACCAAGUAAGACUGGUUUACAGCACUGUUCACUGGUUCCCUGUGUCUGCGAUCAUCCAACUCACCAAGCGUGAGAUUUUUGUUUAAACAAUUUGAUCACCUGUAGCACCUAGCCCACAAGUCAAACAUGAUGGCAAUGUUAGAUGUGUUAUUCAACCAUGAAUGGUGUUAAUUCAUGUUAAACUGUUCUUCUGUGUCAACCCACUUAGAUGAUGGCCUUUAAGUGCCCUACUAUUCCUUGUAAAAGCACGUGAUAAAAAGACUCUUAAUACAUUUUUAAUACACACAUUUUAAAUAAUUUUCUUAUAUAAACAACCCAAACCUUGUCAGACAAGUUGGAUGAGAUUUUGUCUUUUUCACUGCAGCUGUACCUAAAUCUUGGUAGGUAGUUUCUUAUGCUUACAAUUCUUUGUCUGAGCUCUGUAGCCCAUGCUGUUUGGUAUGUAGCUUUGAAUAGGUGUUUUUACUUUUAGAUUGUCUUUGACCUCAAUAAUAUUUAGAUUAAAAAAAUCCACCUGUUGAGUCAGUGAACCAUAAACCUAUUUGCUCCUUGUAUGGUGGAGAACUUACAAGGGCGUGAAAUGACACAACCUUAGUGUUUUAGUGAAGAUAAAAUUUAGCACUUCUCUCUUGCCUGACUAAAAGUGUCAACAGUUUGCGUAAAAAGCAUAAAUUUGAUCAUUUAUGAUAGGGUGACAGAAGUUCUCAUAAGGAUAACUUUAUUCUUCCCCAGUCUGAAUGUUGUUCAAGUAUUAUAUUGGUAUAUUCAGGUUUAUCACUUCCAAGAUCCUGUUGCUGUGUCUUGAUUUUGUAGUGACUGAUGCAUAGGAAAAUGUUUAAGUGCCACCAUUAUCAAAGAAGAACUCUUAUACAUUUAGAGUGAUUUUAGUUAUGGGCAGUAGUAAGUCAAGUGGAAAGGUUAAAGAAAAACAGGUCAAAACUAAAAUAAAAACAAAUUUUGAUGAGAAGAUGUAUAACCCUCAGAGAGAUCUAUAGCAUGAAAAGAAGUAGAAUAGAUAUCCAGAUUGUUGUCACUAUAUUCCCUCGAAUAUUGAUUUUGCUUUGAAAAGUUAGGUUUUGACUGAAAGUGGUUGAAAAUAUUAAAUGGCUUGCUCUGUGAAGUAUAGAGGGCGGAGGAUAAGUUUUUGGUAGUAUUUUAUGUGACCAGAUUUUUCCUGUGGAUUUUAUGUAAAAGGAAAAAAAAUUAUCACAAAAAUUUGGACCCUCUUCCCAGCUAACAGAGGUCUCUUUUCAGAGGCCUCUGUUAGCAGGGAAGGACCCUCAAAAGAAGUGAGUGAACGUCAAACUUUCUUGACUUCAGAGUUCAAAUUUACAUUGAAGUUGCCAUAUGGUAAAAAAACAGAAUUGAAUUAUAUAAAUGGUACUUGUUCUCACUCAAAUGCUCCUGAAGGUAUCUGUAAGUUAUCUUUUUGCAUAUUCACACAGACUUGGCAUUGUUACAGUGUCUUAUUAUUGAAACACUUUCACACUCUAUCAUGUCAUACUAUGCCAAUGAGACUGAUAUGAAUUACCCUCUCAUGUGCACAUCCCAAGUGAAAAUUGUCCAUCAUAUUUGUAGGUUAUGCCAAUGAAUUUGGAGAGGCAUUUCGCACUCACAUUCCUCGGUUGAUGUACUUAGGGAGUUAUGGAAUUGCCUCGACAUACUGCUUGGCAGACUCCAUUGAUAAAGGAAGACGAUGCUACCAACAAAGUAACCACUUAAACAAUUAUCUUCAGAAAAGAAAGGCUGUGGAAACUUCAGUAGAAGCUGCCAUCUGGCAGGGCCUUGCUUCAGUGAUCAUUCCAGGUUUUACAAUCAACAGAAUAUGUGCUGCAUCCAGGUUUACCCUUAGAAGAGUGGCUAGAACAGUGCCUCCUCGUGCUCAGACGUGGGUCACAACAUUUGUGGGACUGAGUGCAAUACCUUUAAUUAUUAAACCUAUUGAUGGGUAAGCCUGAUACUACAUGUACUUGGGGUAUGGGUUAUUUGACAAAAAUCACCUUCCAUUAUGGCCGGGAGUGGGGGGCACUACCUUCAGGCAGGCAGGCAACCUUUCUGGUUGCCUGCACUUUUUGACAACCCUGAAUACUGUCCUUUUGCUGGAGGAAGUGUUUUUUACGUGCCAGUUAACACACAAAUCUUCAGAGUGUUUUAAAUACCUCCCCUGGGGGGGGGGGGGUACAAUAACAAUAACCCUAACCCCCGCCACCAAAAAAACUUCCUUCUUAAAUCAAGCCACUCAAAAACAUACAUACUUGGCAAAUUAAUUUUCCUAGCCUCAAAAAAUCUCAGAAUGGAAAAUUUCAAACCCCAAAAAAUCCUUUGAUCAUUCCUACUACUUUAAAUCCCCAGUGACCCCUGAGUUGCAUAAAAGGUCAUGUGAAAUGUAUUUGUUAACCGCUGGCAUUAAAGUAAAGAGAUUAAAUGGACAAAACAUUGAUUAAGAUUGACAUUUAUUAAGAUAAAUUUAUGCAGCUGGCUUCAGAUGGGUAUGCUGUGGUUCAUCGUUCUCCUUGGUUUUAAUUUUAUUUUCCUUCAUUUCAAACUCAUUGUUAACAUACCCAAAAACAAAGGAUAUAAAAUUUAAACUGGGGAUAAGAUUGAAGCACGACAGGUUCAUGGUCCACAGUUCACUCUGUCUGGCUUUCAGUCUGCCAUCUGAUAGUCCACACAUAAUAUUAUUACAUGCAAAGCCUCAUUACUUUAGAGUCCACUGGUUCACGUGAAGGCACAAUCACUGAUUCCCUGCUAAGUCUACAAUAUGCUAACUUACAGUCUAUAGGAUACUUCUCAGAUUCUAAAGUUGGGAGUCUGUAAUUUGAGUCCAUAACCCAUUUGUCAAAGCUCCAGGCUCCAAAGUUAAUAUCAUUUUCCUUACUGGUUUUAUUUCUUGUUAGAAAAACUAUUAUUCAGUAACUAGUAUUUUCUUUUUUUACAGGUUAGUUGACAAAAUCAUGGAUGGUUUGAUUGACAUUUCAAGACAACUUGGCAUCUCUCAACAGUUGGACCACAGCCACAAAUAGAAAAUCUGGAAAAUACUUAACAUCUCUUAACAAGCAUAGAUUAAUUUAUUUUCCCUAACUGUUUGUGUCCAACUCCAACAUAUCGCCCUUUCAUCUGUUCUUUAUCAUUUUUCUGCUUGGUACAGAGUUGAUGUAAAACAUUAGCAUGUAACUGCUCAAGCCCUGUCAUUCUUUCUGUACAUACAAAAACUUUUACAAGACAAGUGAAUGUAUAUUUUCUAAUAAAUUUAGCAUGGAU